AUGAUAUCUGAUCACCUUGCCUGCCUUCAGCAAGAAUCCUGUUCAUUCAGUUUACCCAGACUCUUUCAUGUCCCUGAUGUUUCCUUCUUCAGUUAUUUAUCUUGGGUCUUCUCUACUGUGAAGAGGCCAACUCAACCUACUGGCAAGGAAGACCUGACAGGCUCGAGGAAAGGUGCAAGAAUGAAGAGUUUUCUUCUAGUUGUGAAUAUCCUAGCAUUAACCUUGCCUUGUUUGGCUGCAGAAGUGCCAAAACAGGAACAAGCAGCAUGCCCUGAGAAUGAUGCAAGAUUGUUUGAUCAGAAAACAAUGCCAUAUACCCUACUUCCUUUAGUGCUGAAUAGCUAUCCUGCUUUUAAACCCAGUUACUAUCCAUAUUAUCCAGUUAUGUCAAUGAAUAAUCCAUAUAUGUCUCACAAAGUUUACAAAAAUCCAGUCGUUUUUAGAUCAUUGGCCCACAUUCCUCAUUGGACACAGAUGCCAUAUAUCUACCUACCUCCCAUGGUACAUUACCCAACCUCACAUCCACAAUUAAAGGGCAUGUCCCUAAAGAAAAUUCCAACUAAAACAAACACUCCUACCAUCAAUACCAUUGCUUCUGUUGAGCCCACACCAAUUCCUAACAUUGAACCAAUGGUGAAUACUCCAGUAGUCACUCCAGAAACUUCCUCAGAGUUCAUCAUUAAAAACACCCCUGAGACUACCACAGUCCCAGUUUCUUCACCCACAGCAUAAAAAUAAUGAAGAAAUAACAAAGAAGACAAAACAGAUUUUGCUGAAACCAGAUGACUACUUUAAACUCUCCUUCAGCCAAUUAUCUGCCUUCAGUCAAGAGAAAAUAAUGAUUUUCCCAGAUUCAGCUCCUUUUUUCUUCUCUACUUAUAUUUUACAUUUGU